CAGUUAGACAUACGUUCUCGGAUGCAGAGAUAACUCGAUUACAAAUUAUCUUGAUCGCUCGAUAUCAGUGGCUCGAUAUUUGUUGAUUACAUUCCAACACAGUUUUCAAGUGUUUCAACAUAAUAUAACUUCAAUCAGUUGAGUUAGUUCGUCAUUUGUUAGAUGUUUUUGUGUUAAAUACUAAUCAUCGAGAAAAAGGUGCAAUGGCUAAGGUGUCGUAUCAGGAAACAAAGGAUUUCUUUGAAGCCAUUAGAAAAGGAGAUUUAAAUAAAGUUCAAGUAUACGUCUCAAACAACUCGACUUUUUUAACUUUAUGUUCAAAUGGCUUAACUCCACUUAUAGUCGCAAUAUAUUCAAAGAAUUUUGACGUAAUCAAGUAUCUAAUACAAAAAGGAGCCAAUGUUAAUUGCAAAGAUAGUUCUAAUCAUACCCCUUUAGGUUUGGCAAUAUCGAAGAACUGUUCACUAGAUAUUAUAAAGCUACUUAUAAAUAAUAAUGCAGAGAUAAAUCAAAUGACACAUUAUGAUUAUACUCCACAUUCACAAUACUCACAAUAUACUCCACUCUCAGUAUCCAUUAUAUGCAAAAAUUUGGAGGUUGCUAAACUCUUAAUUGAUAAGGGGGCCGACAUGUAUAAACAAAACUCUGAUAAAACUACUGCUCUAAGCCUUGUUCAAAAAUAUAAUAAUGUAGACAUACUGAUUUAUUAUUACACACCUCUAGGAUAUGCCAUUUUUAACGGAAAAUUAGACGAAGCACGACAACUUUUAGAAGAGGGUGCAGAUGUUUGUAUAAGUGGUGCAAGCAAAAAAAUUCCUCUUGUAAUAGCCGUUGAAAAGGGGAAUCUCGAAGCAGUCAAACUUUUAUUUGAAUUUGGAGCCGAUUUUACGAUGCCAACUGCUUUGUUACAGGCCAUAAAUGUUGGUAACCUCGAGAUGAUCGACUUUUAUAUAAAAAACAAUGUUGUAAUUAAUUACGAACAUCGGGAUGGAACUACACCUCUAAUAAAAGCAAUUCGGAAGGGGAAUUUUGAAGUGGUGAAAAUUUUGUUCGAAAAUGGCGCCCACGUCAACUUUAAAAGUAGUCACGGUUCUUAUCCAUUGUUUGAAGCUUUGAAACUUGACAAUUGCGAUAUUAUAAAAUAUUUACUAAGUAAGGAAGCGAAAAUGAAUGGUAAAUGUUUAAUGAAAGACAAUUUUCAAUGUGUAAAGAAUUUAAUUAAGUAUAAAAUUGAACUCAAAACUGUUUUGCUGGGUGAUCUUGAACCUUCUACUUUGCUAAAAGGGGUUGAAACUAAAAAUGCCCUUUUUGUAAAAUAUCUUUUGAAACAAGGACUUUCAAUUAAUUCGUAUGACGACAAGCAAAAAAGUCCACUCGCAGUCGCUGUAAAAAAUCACAGUGUCUUAAUUGUCAAAAUUUUGAUCGAUGCUGGCGCUCGUAUAGAUUCAGCCAAAGAAGAACUGAAGGAACUUGCCAAUAAGAAUGACGAAUUCUAUAUCUACUAUCAAAGUUUGAAACUAAACCUAAACAAACCUACAUUAUUUUCCGAAGGGUUUGGCAGUGGAGCUCACGAAGCAGCAGAUUAAACACUGAAAUUUGUUUUUAAGAUUUUAGAGUUUUUGCUUUCAUUUUUCAUUACACAAAUAAAUUUAUUAUUAUUCAUUUAUUAUUAUCCAGGUUAUGCUUUUAGACUUUUUGUUUAUUUUUCAUUAGCU